AUGGGCUCAUGGCGUUGCGUUUGCUUUGGUGCCUUGCUUGCUGCUUGGAACGGGAGGUCUAGAGGAGGGAGUUUUGAGAAGAUCAAAUGGCUCCUAAAGGCUUACUCCGCUCCUGCCAAGAAGGCUGAUGCCAAGGCCCAGGCCUUGAAGGUUGCCAAGGCUGUGAAGUCUGGGGCAGGCAAGAAGAAGACCAAGAAGAUCCGCACGUCCGUGACAUUUCACCGCCCCAAGACCCUGAAGAAGGCCAGGGACCCGAAGUACCCAAGAAUCAGCACCACUGGAAGAAACAAGCUUGAUCAGUACCAAAUCCUCAAGUACCCCCUCACCACAGAAUCGGCAAUGAAGAAGAUUGAAGAUAACAACACUCUGGUCUUCAUCGUCGACCUCAAGGCAGACAAGAAGAAGAUCAAGGCCGCUGUCAAGAAGAUGUAUGACAUUCAGGCAAAGAAGGUCAACACCCUGAUCAGGCCUGAUGGGAAGAAGAAGGCUUAUGUGAAGCUGACGCCUGACUAUGAUGCUCUUGAUGUGGCCAACAAAAUCGGCAUCAUCUAA